AUGGAUAAUAUAGAAAGGGAUAUCGACCAAGAUCUUAUGCAAGAAAGAGACGUUGCGAACAUUGCUCUAAAGGAAGAUGUCUCGUUUGAUUCAAAUCCUGAACUAGACUUAAAGUCUAAAAAGAAUAGAAGUGAAAAUGAAAACGUUAAAGGAGAGAACAAUAAAGAACGGCUACAUGAUAUCAUAGAGAAUUUUGAAACAAAAGCUACGUGUGAGAAUACAACUGUUGAUAUGGCCAAGGAAGAAGAAGGUUUUAGUGGAGGGAUUAAUGGGAAAAAUGAUAAAAAACGAAAAUGCGAUCCGUGUUUGUUUGAUGAUAUUGAAGAAAAUGCAAACGCGUUCUGUGUGAUUUGUGUCGAGUAUCUGUGCAAAGGCUGUGCUCGCGACCAUAGAAGGAGCAAAGCAACAAGGAACCACACAGUAUUAUUUGAUGAUGAAAUACCAAAGGAUCCAGCAGUUUUCAAAAUGAUGAAGUCAUUGGCGUGCUGUUCCGAUCAUCCUGAAAUGGAAAUUGCCUUUAAAUGUGGAAAACAUGAGAAGUUUAUUUGCAAUAAAUGUUUAGUCGUCAGUCAUAGGAAGUGUGAGGAAGUAACAGAGGCUUCAAAGGUAAAUAGAUCUCUUGUAGGCAGUGAAACCGAUUCUUCAUUGUUAGUGACGUUGAAAAAAGUCCAUGACGUCACUGUUUCAGUACGGAUUGGAAAGGAAGAAAAUAUCGACAAACUACAUCUAGACCAUAUUUCUGUUGAAGAAGAACGAUCAGAAUUCGUCAAAAGUCUACAAAAGCAUUUGGUUAAGCUUUGUGAAUGUUCUAAAACACAAACGGAAAACAUUUUAACAAAAGAACUUAAUGCAUUAGAAGAAGAGGUAGAUAAAUGCAAGGAAAUAGAAAACCAAGAAGUUAAGUAUACAGAGCUACUUGAUGUCGCAUUGAAUUAUGGUAGCAACGUUGAACUUAACGUGAUUUCUGAAUUAGUAAAACAAGAAGCUGAAAACUUUAAAACUGAAACUAAAAAGCACAAAGCAAAGGCAGCUGUUCAUCUAAAAUUCGAAAGGAGCCAAAGUUUUACAGAUAUAGCAACAAUUGGAAAUGUGUAUGUGUUAAGGGGCGACAAAAGAGAUAGCUGUCAAGAUGAAAAUCCCAGAAAGCAAAUGUUAUUGGAAAAUUCGAGUGACGUUAUAAAUGAGAAAUCAUCGACCACUGGAGAAAGUUUGCACAAAGGUCCAUUAUUGCAAAGUGCAGUUAGUAGAACAAGGACCAUGCAUUAUCUUCAUCAAACCACCAGUAGCGCCAUUAUGAAAUGUUCUAUAACUAGUAUGGUGGUUUUGUCGGAUGGGCGAGUGGUUGUAGCAGAUCACAACAACAAAAGUAUUAAACUCCUCGGGUUGGAUUUUUCUGUCAAGAAGGAGUAUAUACUGGAUGGAAAACCAAUAGACAUGUGUGAAACUUCUAAAAAUUACUUUGCUCUUUUAUUUGAUGGUAUAAAAAAGGUUCGUAAAUAUACAGUCAGCGAGAAGACUGUUUAUGACGAUGGGGGAUUCGCUACGAAACUCUAUCCAAUUAGUAUUACGAAAUCCCAAGCAACAACUGAUCACGUUGUUAUUUUGUUUUCUGACACAGAGAAAAACACACAAUUAAACAGUUAUGACAAUACUAUUGAGGUGCAGAUACGUAGUUUAGAAAAUGCUAUUAUUAAGCGGUUUACUGCUUUCAAUUUUGAAAUCAAUUCAUCGCCUGAACUGUAUAUAGGAAAGACUGGUCGUAUUUAUGCGUUGCCAAAAGUUCAAUACGCGUUCCUAAUUUCAGAAAACGAGAAGCUGCGUUGUUUCGAGACAGAUCUGGCAAAAACAAACACUCUUAAAGAAAACUGGUGCUACAUGAGCUCAGAUAAAUACGGUGUUAUAGAUGAAAUAACUGAUAUUGAUACGGAUAAGGAAGGAAAUAUAUACGUUUGUAUGAAAGGUUCGAAAAAUAUCCAUCAGAUAUCAGGCUCCAACUUUAUGAACAACAGAGUACUCCUAUCGGUACCAGGAACCCCACUGUCUAUCUGUGUCGAUGACGGAAGAAGACGUGUAAUCGUGGGCUGCGAGAACGACGACUUCCUAUAUGUGGCUACUUUACAGUGA